AUGUGCCGACUCCUCGACUGGUCUUUCCUACUGUGCGAUCCACAUAUAUGUGGAUCGCUUCCCAAGAUCGAAGUCAAACCCUGCCACCGCUUCUCCGGCAAGACUGUCUACCCAUGGGACAAGGGCAUCAACAAGAUGGAACGUCCUCUCUGCUGGGAGGAAUUGGAAUAUCGCGAGGCCGAUGUCCUCUGCACCGAGUGCUUUAAGGCUUGGAUUGUGACCUUCGACAAGAACAACCCCGAAUAUAAAAACGAGUCGGACUUUUAUCACAACAACCCGCUGUCCAUCGCUCAUCUAGAUAAAGAAUCAGAGGUGAUUGAGUACUGGGAGGCAGGGUUUCCACCAACGACGAGUUUCGACUCCAUUGACUGGAACCCCAGACCAAAACUUGUUUCUCCCGACGACAUCCCCUUGAGUCCCACACAAUCGUGCGCUGUUGCCGAAACGACGGCCGAAUUACUCAACCUGGAGAUGUUGGACCACGUCGAACAAGUUGUCGAAGCCGGACGACAGAGACGUCUAAAAGAAGCCGCCGAACGAGACGACGACUUCUCAUGCUCACCCUUCUCCUCUGACGAUGAAAGCAUGCCUGUCCAGGACCAACAAGACUCCGAAAUGACGGAGGAGGAAGAGCCGCCGGCCCCAUACAUCAGUCCACGCCGACGCAUCACCGAUACACUCUUUCAACACACCUUCGGGACAUACGGAACCCGACCUAAACGCAUACCAACACCGCGCUCGAAAAUACCACCCUGCCUUCAAUGGAUGUUUGGUAUACGCAGAACGCCGUCAAACUCUCCUGGAAAUCAAGCUUCAGCACCGUCUUCUCAGGCUUCAGGCAUGGUAUCGACGCCUUCUGGGCCGCCAACUCCCGACGACCCCUUCACAUCGUGGACUUCUCCUACACCUGAUAUGGGUUGGGCACCCAGAGUCACGAAUCAACAAAUGGCAAGGCGCUGGGAUUAAGACUCUACACCUAAAUGUACACCAGAAUCAUGACGGUUGAAAUAAAGAAUGGGAUGAAAAUAUGAGGG